AUGCAGCUGUACCUGGUGCUCCUCCUCAUCAGCUGCUUGCUCACUCCUAUUGGGGCCUCCAUCUUGGGGCGCUGUGUGGUGGCUAAGCGGCUCCAUGAUGGGGGCCUGGAUUAUUUUGAGGGCUACAGCCUUGAAAACUGGGUGUGCCUGGCUUAUUUUGAGAGCAAGUUCAACCCCUCAGCGGUCUACGAGAACACACAAGGUGGCUACACCGGCUUCGGCCUCUUCCAGAUCCGCAACAGUGAAUGGUGUGACCACGGCAAGAACCUCUGUGCUGUGUCCUGCUCUGCUCUGCUGAAUCCAAACUUAAAGGAUACGAUCGCGUGUGCCAAGAAAAUCGUGAAAGGAAAAAAAGGGAUGGGAGCAUGGCCCAUCUGGUCCAAGAACUGCCAGCUGUCGGACACUCUGGACCGUUGGCUGGAUGGCUGUAAUCUAUAG